UGGGAACGCAUCAGAUGUGUAUGAUUUGACCCUUUUCUUGUGCAAUCACAGCGUCUCACGUGGGAUAACGCCUCACCAUUUCUAUAAUCCAUAAAUCUCCUUCGUGGGUCCCGACCCAUCUCUCUCCCCAGUAGCCAUUAAUGGCGAUCUUGUGCCUCCUUGAAUCUCGCUAAGUAAACCUACCCCGUGUUGAGUUUCAUCCGCUCUCUCUCUCUCUAUUCCUCCACUUCGCAGUUCUCUCACUCAGGAUUUGGUGGCAUUGCGAGAGAAUGAUGGACCUAACGAACCUGAAACCUCCUCAGAUAACGCUGAUCGGGUCGGGAGUAUGCGUCUUUCUGACCAUUCAUUUCACCAUACAGCUCGUUUCUCAGCACCUGUUUCAUUGGAAGAACCCAAAGGAGCAGAAAGCCAUUCUCAUCAUCAUCCUCAUGGCUCCGAUCUAUGCCACCGUUUCCUUCGUGGGUUUGCUGGAUGUCAAGGGAAGCGAAACCUUCUUCCUGUUUCUAGAGUCCAUCAAGGAAUGCUACGAGGCGCUCGUGAUUGCGAAAUUCUUGGCUUUAAUGUAUAGUUACUUGAACAUAUCCAUCAGCAAGAACGUUGUGCCGGAUGGAAUCAAAGGGAGAGAAAUUCACCAUUCUUUCCCAAUGACUCUUUUCCAGCCCCAUGUUGUCCGGUUGGAUCACCGAACGCUGAAACUCCUCAAAUACUGGACAUGGCAGUUCGUGAUCAUCCGGCCCGUGUGCUCCAUCUUGAUGAUAGCUUUCCAGAUCCUCGGGAUCUAUCCUUCGUGGCUGAGCUGGACAUUCACCAUCGUCCUGAACAUCUCGGUUUCUCUUGCGUUGUACUCCCUUGUGGUUUUCUACCAUGUUUUCGCCAAAGAGCUUGCCCCUCACAAUCCGCUCGCAAAGUUCCUCUGCAUCAAAGGAAUCGUCUUCUUCUGCUUCUGGCAGGGAGUGGCGCUUGACAUUUUGGUGGCGAUGGGAAUAAUCAAAUCGAAGCACGUGUGGUUGGAGGUGGAGCAGAUCCAGGAAGCCAUUCAGAACGUGCUGGUGUGCGUCGAGAUGGUCGCAUUCGCUCUCGUUCAGAAGCAUGCGUACCACGUCGGUCCCUACAAGAAGAAGAUGGACUGAAGCGGCUUCAUCUCGUAUCUAUGUUUUUCUAUGCGAUCCGAUCGUGGCUUUUGGUCGGAACCCAUUAUUGUCUGUAAUCCGACUGAAAUGGACUUUGACCGAGUCAACGCCCUGAUCCACUUCGGGAUAAUGGCUUCAUUCCAUGGCUUUGUUACUUGCAUGUGGUUGGUGUUUAUUACAUUACAUCAACCCUUAUAUUGUAAUGGCACUUCCUUGCUCAAUUACAUGUUCUUGGCUAAAGAGUUGGACCUAAUUAA